UUCAUUUAAGUCAGAUAAGCAUAGUUCAAUUAAGUCAGAUGUGAAUGAUUCAAUUAAGUCAGAUAAGAAUGGUUCAACUAGAAUGGGUGGCACUCACAUUUAUGCUACUUUAGAGUGGGUAUUCGAAAGUUCACUUCCUAAAAGGUCAACAUCAGUUAUUCUGUUCUCAGAUUUUGAGACGUCGUCGUCGACUGCAGACAAAAUUGUUAAACUUGUAGAAGAUAAUCAAAAAAAUCAUGAUAAUCAAAAAGAAAAACAUGAUUUAAGAAUAUUCUCAAUGGUAAUGAGUAAUAUUGUUUCAAAUCAUUUAGCUGAAUCCAUUGCUCGAGUUG